AUGAAUGAAAUCACAAGGCAGCAGGCAAAGCGAAGCUGGCGCGAGGAUCGACGCGCUAGAACCACCCCCAGGACUCCGCCAACCGUCGGCUGGGAGACUCAGGAGAGAACGGCUGUCAGCAGCAUCGGCUCCGAGGCGGACCCACCGAACUCACCCACCCGACCACUGCUCGCCCUGGUUGUCUCCGAGCCGAAAGGGAAAAGGAAUUCGGCAGGGGAGCGGAGAAGGAGCGCGCGGCGGCUGCAAAAGCACCCGGCUCCGCUCCGCCUCUCUGGGGCCGCGGGCGCGGAGAGUUUCCGCUCUCCCCCGCCUCCGCCUUCCCCUCCCGCGGCGGAGAGCGAAAGCAAAAACCGCGUGUGGCCCCGCCCCGCGCGCUGCGGCUGGAGGGAGCAGCGGAAGCUCGUCAGGCUGCGGGUUGGGCGACUCCGGGUGCCCGCUCCGGCUCCUCUGGCGCCCCCGCCCGCUCCAUCCUUCGGCGUGCGAGGAGGAAUCAGUGCGGCGGAGAGCGGCGGCGGCGGCGGCGGCUUGCCCACCCCGAGGCUGGACAUGUGGGCGCUGAGCAUGUGUUGGGUGCUGCUGGGCACCAUUGGCGCCGGUUCUGCCCAGUUGGAUUUUGAGCAGACUCACAGUGUUUCCUUUGAUGUCUGCAAUACAACCGAUAUCGUCAUACCGUGCAGAGUUACUAAUCUACAUAAAUUCGGCAGAGAAGAAAUUUUUAUUAAGUGGAAAUUAAAUGGGAAGGAGUUUUUUACUUAUGAUGGCUAUGAGAACAGGUUUUACAGAAACGAUACUUUUUUGAGUGUAGAUCUAAUGGAUAUAUUGAACCUAACUAAUGGUAAUGCUUCAAUCAAGAUGUCUUUGAAGGAGGCCAUUCCUGGAAACUACACGUGUAUAUUAGUAGAAAGAAAUAGAGAAGGAGAACAUAUAAUUGAACUUCGAUAUGGUUCAGCAUAUUGGUUUCCACCAGUGCACAGUUUCUUAGUCAUUGGUGCAGUCAUAAUGGCGGCAACUGUGUUUUUGCUACAGGUUGGCUUUGUUGCUAUGAAGUUUGAGAUGAGUCUUCUUAAGAAGAUCUGCUUUGGUGUUGCAGUACUAAUACUCAUGAUUAUUGUUGUGCCUGGUGCUGUCCUUUUGGUCAAAAAGGGCUAUACAUUAGCACCUCUAUUUGGUCUUGGCUUAGUUGUACUGCCUACUAUCAUUUUGGUGCCACCUCUCUUCUUCGUGUUUCAAUCAGUCUUCGAGAAGCCACCGCUCUUUGCAAUUAUUCUGAUAAUUCUGAAAGCGCUUGGAUAUAUAAUUGCUGUGGCAGGUUUAGCUGCAAGUUUGCCAGAAUGCCCACCAAAACAAGCGACUGUUGUGAUUGCAGGCUUAGGAAUUAUUGAUCUUGUAGCAGUAAUUGCUCUCAUUUAUAUGGUUGUUAUUGGUACCAGAUUCAAAGAUCAACAGCCUCCAAAGAAAGCUGCUGAAGAACCACUUAAUGAUGCGAAAGGAGUGAUGUUAGAAUGAUGCAAAGUAAAGCAAUCCGGCAGUUGACAUGGAAACAAGUGGAGAAAGACUUUUGUUGAUACACCGUGGCCUUGAUGAUGCACUACUCAAA